AUGGCCGACGCUCUGUGCGGACCCUCCAACGCGCUCCAGAACUUCCAGAAACACUCGUCGGUUGAUCGGACUUUACAGCAGGACCGACUGGUUUCGCGCCAAUCGCCGCAGCAGGAUUUCAGAUCAGGCCCCGGUCAGCAUGCUGGCGCGAUAGACCCUGAAUUCGAGGCCUUCCAGGCUGGACAUGCUCCUCCGCAGCCCGAAGCUUUCCAGCGUUUCCCCGCCCAACAUGCGCCUCCGCCGAGCUUCGCUGGGCCCGCCGCCCUGCCGGACUGGGCUGCUGACUUCCAGCGCAUGCAUGUCUCCUCUCCGCCGCCGAUGCAGCAGCAGCAUAACCAUACCUCUUCGUGGCACCAGGACUUCAUGCGCCAGCAGCAGCAGUCUACAUCUCCGGCUCCGGCGAUGGCGGCGGGUCCUUCCAGGCCAAUGUAUUCUGGCACACCUAUGAUGGGGUUCGGUGCGGGGCAGUUUGCCCACCAACAGCCAUUCAUGGCCCAGCAGGAUAUGAAUGCGCAAGCGAGACAGAAGGACCCUGUCUUUGAUGAUGCUGCUUUCGCAAACGCAUUCGAUGCGGCCGCGGCAGAAAUGCUUCAGGCUGAAGUAGAGGCACAAGCGGAGGCGCAGGCUACGCAGCAAGAAGCGCCACAGAGACCUGCAAUUUCGAAAUGGGAAGAGGAGAUAGAGACCUUGCUCCCCCCAGAGGAUGACUCUGUGCUGGCGUUCAUGAAGGAGCAUGCUUUUAACGAGUAUUGCCGUCACCAAAUGUCCGAGUACCUACCACACGCCAACACGCGAGAUCCCGCCACUAUUCCUAAUCACAGUCUUGCGUCACUUUAUAUGAGCGCAUUGGAAAAGUUGGAAAGUAAAGGACUUUCAGAGAUCCCCCCGGAUCCUCUGUUGGAGCGCGUGUUGAACGAGAUUGUGGACUCACAAGACCUUCUCUACGAUGAACAGUUUAUGUUCAAAGCAAGAGCUGCAAGGCUUCGUGAUCAGAUCAGAACGAAUUUCCCACGAUACUUUGACCAGGAUGAAUCUCAGAAAGCUAGAGAGCAGGAGGACCCCCGCUUGAGGACAGCACGUUUGAGGAUGUUCCAACAUUCUCUGCAAAACCAGGACACGGUAUCCGCGGCAGAUAAGCAGCAACUGGAAGCUGCGAAGUAUAACCAGCUUGUGGCAGACGUGGGGACUGAUUCAAGAUUCUUCCCUGCCGAAGCGAGCAGCACCGUGGCCGGGACGGACAUUCGAACGACUAUUCGGUCAGAGAUGUCAUCGUUGAACCAGCGACCAGAGGAGCUUCUCCGGAACAUGAACCCUCCUGACAUGGUGCUCAACGAGGUCCCCCAGCCUAUGCAGCAGCCAAGCCAGGAACAGCGGCAGCAAACUCCCCUCAAUAAUGAUGAUGAGGAGUUGGCAAGGACGGCUGGCCAAUUGGUGGAGAGCGUCUCUCACGACACGAGUCAGAAAUUCGUGCAAAGCAGGUUCCUGGCCCUGAUGAGGCAACUCCGCGACCACGAAGUACGCGUCGACGGGGACAAGAUAGUCGAAACUUCACCAUCGACGAUUCCAGCCAAUCAGCAAGAUCUGGACCUCGGCCGCAAUGGCGGCGACGACAGCAACAGGACUAUGACCGGAGCGCUACAGGCCGAUGGCAGCGACGACCACGACAUUGAAAACAUCAACCCUUCUGCAACUUCAUUCGGCUUCACGAAGAUGCCAUCCACGCGACUCACGGUCGCGCUCAACAGCAACCGCAACACCAAAACCAUCCUCCUCGUCCCGGGAAACACGUCGGCAGACCCCGAUGUAGCCAACUCGAUACGCGCGCAGGUGGUCAAGUCGGCGCAAACGAAGCUCCGCCUGAAGCUGAAGAAGAACACCAGCGCACGCGCCUUCGCCGCGCGCACGGGGACGGAACUGCUCACGGCCGACGACUGGACGCGCGCCGCCACGUCCGACGCCGUCAUCCUGGUGUCGGCGGGCGAAGAUUUCGUGGGCAAGAAGUCAGAACAACAGUCGGCCACCAACAGCAACAACGAUGAUCGCAGCAGCGCUUCGAACGACGCCCACCAGUGCGGUGAGAUCGUCAACCUCGCGCACGCCGCGUACGUCGACCCGCAGUCGCUCGGCCAACUCCGCGCCACGGCCCAGGCGCUGCCCGGCAUCGUGCAUGCCGUCGGCCAGCCCGACCUCCACCCGGGCACCAAGUACCCCAUCGGCGCCGCCUUCGUGUCGCGCGGCUGGAUCCACCCGCCGCUGAUCGGCGGCGACAUCGGGUGCGGCAUGGCGUGGUACCGGACGACGCUGUCGCGCAACCAGGUCGACGGGGACAGGGGCCGGAAGGUGGCCGAGCGGUUGAGGGGUCUCGAGGGUCCGUGGAGGGAGAGAGAGGUGAGAGAGGCGUGGGUCGGGGAGGGCGGAUCGGCGGGGGAGGAGUGGGAUAAGAGUCUGGGGACCAUCGGCGCGGGGAACCACUUUGCGGAGAUUCAGGUGGUGGAGAGGGCGGAAGAGGGGCUGGGCAUGAGGGAGGGCGAGGUGGUGCUGUUGGUGCAUUCGGGGUCGAGGGGGUACGGUGGGGAUAUCCUCAAGCGGUACACGGCCGAUGGCCACGUUUCCCUGAAGGAGGACGAGGAGGUGACGGGAAAGUACCUGGAGGAGCACGAUCGCGCGUGCAGGUGGGCGAAGGCGAACCGCGAUCUCAUCGCCUUGCGCUUCCUUGCUGUGCUGGAGCCCGGAGAGGAUCGCUGGGCACUCGGCAGCAACCUCGAGGACGACCUCACUGCUGAGGCAGACGCAACCGACAUCGAACAGCUCAUCCAACGUGCCCGCGCGGACGUACAGGAGCGCAAGGUCGUCGACAUCUGGCACAACAACGUCCAACGCGUCCCGUGGCCUUCCACCAAUCCCCCCUCAAUCUCCCCCCCUACCUCGGACCUUGCAGAUGCAACCUCCUCUCUCAGCCUCUCAGCAUCCGAGUCCUCGUCGUCUCAGCAGCAGCAGCAACAGUACGCCUACAUCCACCGCAAAGGCGCCGCCCCAACCCUCGAUCCGGACACCUUCGCACCGCUCGCCAUCCUGCCCCUACCAGGCAGCCGCGCCACGCCGACGGCCAUCCUGACACCGACUUUCACGCACCACAACGCCCGCGGCACCGCGAACGCCUUCUCGCUCGCCCACGGCGCCGGCCGCGCCAUGUCCCGCGCCAAGGCCCUGGCCAGCCUGAGCAACAAGUACCGCGGCGACGCGGAGGCGUUGCUGAAGCCCGGGAAGGUGGCGGCAUCUGCUGCUGCUGCGGCGGCGGCGGCGACUGUAACGAUGACGACUGAGGGCGAAGAUGGUGAGACGAUGGUGGUGGUGGGGAAGGAUGCAGAGAAGGGUGCGGCGCCUGAGGCGUACAAGGAUGUUUGGGCUGUGGCUGCGGACUUGGUCAGGAACAAGUGA